AUGCUUGCCAGUACGGGUUGUGCUGGCUUAGGUGUAUUUUCGGACCCACUUCGAUGCGUCAUUUUGAAAGUUCCAUCCACAACAUCAUCUACUAACUUCAUCCUAACAUCCGACCCCAUUGGGGUCGGGCCAUUUGUGUUUGCAUCCACAUUGCGUGUCUUCGAGAGUAAGUACGCGCGAAUGAUGUUGGGUUCCGUCCCCUCGAAAAGCAUGCGAAGUGCAUCGCAGCGUGUGUCUGGUGAAACCUUACCCAGUCGAGUAACCUCAUCCUCAGUCAGGGUGUCUUUGCAGGACUUGAGAAUGGUCCUGAUGGAUGCUGGAAGCUUCGCCAUGUGA